UUUUUAGUGAGAAGAUGUAGCCAAUUUUCCGUGAUUCAGAAAAAUUAAAUAGUUUGUCUCUUUUUGUCAGAAUGGGACCAGAGUACCGGUCAUAUGUCCGAAGGAGGUCAUCCCUAGCAUGAAAUAUCUUGCAAAUGAAGAAGUACGCAAAAAGGCUGGUAUAAAAGAGGGAAAUCCUUUUCUCUUUGCAAAUACUGCUGAAGAUGUUGUGCGGGCUGGGAACAGUCUGGAGGAACUCCGAACAGAGUGUCCAUCACUUAAAUUUCCUGACAGAAUCUAUGCAACUAACCUAAGAAAAUAUUGUGCUACUAUUGCCCAAGUUAUUGGGCUCAAGGAUCAUGAACUUAAGUACUUGUGUAGACACAUGGGACACACAAUGCAAGUUCAUGAACUACAUUAUCGCAGCACAUCAGGUCUAAUAGAAAGACUUGAAAUUGCCAAACUUAUGGUUAUGCAGGAAUGUAAUGUAGUUGGGAAGUUCCAUGGGAAAAGUUUAAAAGAUAUUACUUUUGAAGACAUUCUUGAUAAUGAAGACAUUGUCCUCGGAGAAGGAGAAGCCCAUAGAGAAGAAGAAGCUCCUUCAGUAGAAGAUACAGGUCUAGCUCUUGAUGACAUGGCACUAAACACGUUGAACAUUGAAGAGGAUGUAUUAGUAACGAGAAAGAAACCUAAGAAGAGUACAAGAAAGGCAUGGACUAAAGAGGAAGAAGAAGAAAUGAGAAAAUAUUUUGAGGAAUACUUUGAUGGUAAAAAGAAGAAAACUUGCCCAAGUAGAGCGGAGUGCCAAAGAGCAAUUGAAUUAAGCAGAAAAAAUGGAGGAUGCAUUCACUUAAGAAAUUGGGAGACCAUAAAAAAGAAAGUAAAUAAUUUUCUCUGCAGCUUUGGCAAGAAGAAGUGAAUUCUGAAAGGAAAAGUCAUACAAAAGGCCAGGACAGAUUUUUUUCCAGCAUACUUACACUGUAUACUUAGGCUAGUGACAUAAAAAAAUCUGAACAGAUAAACUCAUUCAGAUUAAUAAUCAAUAAUGACAAAUACACAGGAUGUAAGCUGUAAGUGAAAGGACAUAGUUUUCAUCAUGAUUGUCUUGCAUUCUUCUAUUUCAUUUUGUGUUCAACUCAGUUACAAAGAAAUUGUACAAGAAUUUUUCAUAAACUUAACACAAAGGUUCCUGUUAGUGAGACCAGAUCUAUAGUGUAUUAAAUAUUUUUUUUUAAGAUUCUUUUUAUUACAUUAUUACUGACAGCAGUUUUUGCAUUCAUAUUUAUCGGACAGUUUUAUUCAAAGAGUAAAUGAAAUAAUUCAUGGUUGGGGGAGUUAAAUGACAUUGUUCUUCCUCUUAUAGUUACCUUGCUUGUCCUAUUUUGUGUUUCAACUUAUUUUUGAAAUACUAUGAUUAUUUCUGAAAUAAGAAUUAUAUCUUUAUAGAGAAAGCAUUUUAACUGUGCUAACUUGGGCUUGACCUUUGACUUAGCAAUUCCUGAUUGGAUUUUUUAAGUCAAUUUUUGAAAGCAGUUAUCAAUUUUGGAUCCAUUUAACCAAGUUUUGUUUGUAUCCACAUUGUUAAGAGCAUUCUAACCAUACACAUUGUUACUAAACUUUGAACAUUUUUAAAUUCCCUGAAAAUACUAAGCCAAUCUUGACUAGAUUUGGUUUAACAUCUGUAAGGAAAGGUCAACAUUCAUGACCCCCACCUCCCAGGCGCUUAGAUUUUUGAUAAAAGCUGUAAAUUGUCUUCAAAAACAUCCCCCUUUACUCCUGAGUAUUUAGCAGAAAAACUAAGUUAAUUGAUAUGAUGAACAAGGAGGCCUCUUCCCAUGACCCCUGGGCCCUUUGCUGAAAAUGCCUUAAAUCUUUGAAAUUCCUCUUCUCUACUCCUGUGCAUCUUUCCUGCUAAAUUAGGCACAUGGUUGUGACGGGCUAGGAGGCCUCUGGUUCUGGUGUAAGGAUGUGGAUCUAUUACUUGUAAAUAAAUAGUGAAAAUGCAUCAAUUUUUUUAAGAUUAUGGCAUGGUGGUUGUUGCAAUUGGGUAGGGCUCUUUUGAUCAUCAUUUACAUGUAUGGUGAAAAUUCAUACUUUUAAAAUCGGUGUAUUCUUUAGUUGAUUCUGUGUCAAGAGAAAUUGAUAGGAGUACUGGACACUAUUGAACUGAUAAAAGAUGCGUCAUCUACCUCCGCCUCCUCCCCAGUCCCAAGUUAUUUUUAUGAACAUGAAUGGUCAAGAGAUUUGAUUACUAUUCAGAUCGCCCAUCGUAACUCUUUCUUUUUUUUAUCCAUGUGUUGCAACCAAUUAAAUGAGGUCUAAAAUUGUGCCCUAUUGGGUUGUUCCCAGCCCCCACCCACCCAUCCAAAUUUUGACAAAAGUCUUGGAUCCUUGGUUAUCAUACAAGUCUCUUUUCUGAGCCAAAAAUCAUCCUGCAUCUGAUUAUUUUACUUUGUUAUAUAUUGAAUCUAUGGAUCCUUCAAAAGUUAAUAUAUUGCCAUGUACAUGUUGUUUGAGUUUGACCCUCUGAACCAUGGCUUGACCAACUGUUCACUGUAAAACUUUGACAUAGCAAGGUUAUGGUAUGUCAGAUAUUUUCUAGAACAUAUUCAUCUUUGUUUGACUGUAAUUCAGAUCAGAAUUUAGAUACAACAGAUAUUUGAAACUUAAAAGUAACGGCCGUUUUAAAAAGAAACUUUUGUUACAUGCUUUUUUUGCGAUUGUAGAGAUUAUUAUCGCUUUCUUAAAUUGAUUGAAUAAAGACAU